AGGUUCAGGCUGCAAUGAGUGAUGCGGAGGAGAUAUGCGAGAUGUUCCUGUCAUACCCGAACGGGCUCACACUAACGCAAGCUGGGAACUAUGAGGAGAUAUAUGACGAUUCUUUCGUUGCCUCAGUGCCAUCACCCAAGAAAGAAGGUGGCCUCGUUAACUACAGCCGAGAGGAGUGGUUGUCUCUUAUCAAGGCGUUGGUCAAGGGCCUGCCGGACUGGACGUUUGGAGGAAGCAUUUGGAGGCCGCUCGACGACGAGCAAGGAUGGGACGACGAGGAGACGGGGGAAGGGACGAUACGCCACCUACACUUGUCCACGAAGAUGUUUGGAACGCACACAGGAGACGGCCCCAACCUGCUGAAGCUGGAGGGGAGAGACUUCAAGCCGACAUUCAAGGAAGUUGUGUUUCCCGUAGAAUGGUGGACGCUGUCGAUCAACACGAGGAAGGUUCCUCCAAAGAUUGUUGCGUUACAGUUCAAGAAGGUGCUGGACACGUCUGCCUGCUCCACUGGUGGCUACAGUCUAGUCCCUGGCCUCCUCUUCGCUAUCGGCAAGCCGCUCUCCCCUCCCCCCAUGUCCCUGCAGUACCCGUUCGCUUGCUUCCCACCACACGAUGCUGUCGAUGUGGAGGAUCCCAACUGGUGGCAGCUGAGAAUGGAGAUAUUUCAUAUUAUUACGGAGAAAACACCGGAGGAGAAGGAGGAGAUGAAACGAAACAUCGAUCGACAGUCACGCGAAUUGCAACAAAACCUUGAUUACCUCAACGCAGUAGAAGUGUACACAGAGCUGCCCAUCAAGCCGGCGCAGCAAGAAGAAAACAAAGAGGAACAGACAAGCACGUCGAAUGGAACAAGCUAAAGCCUGAAUCACAUGGAUGGCUCCUUGUUUGCUGACAACCUCACUCCUCCUGUCAAGUUCAUGCGCUCAGUGAAGGAUAUCUCUUCAGAUCGCCUUGGGAUGCUGUUUGACGCCGAGUCUCCUUUUCCUGUACAUAGAAUCAAAUAAAAUAUCAUCGUAAUCGAC